UUCGAGACCAACAAAGAAAAGUAGCUCUUCCGACUGCUACCAUCGUUAUGUUGCCAACUUAGACAUUCGGAAUCAUUCUGGGAGGAAUGGGGAGAUCAAAACCAGCUCUCGGCCAAUCCAGCGCCUAUGGACACGCCUGCACCCAUUGUUACAAGGCCAAAUCCCGAUGUGUGCGCACUGCAACUGGCGAUAAUUGUGAAAGAUGUAUCCGUCUUGGGAAAUUAUGCGAGCCAUCAGGCUCGGCUCGCAGGCGUACUGCUCAGUCAACCUCAACAGAUGCGUCCGAUACGCGCAUCGCUAGACUGGAAGACAAAAUGGAGAGCUUGUUGUCCGCAAUGCAAUCAAUCAUAGCCUCUCCAGGGGCUUCAGGGGGUUCUAUCAAAGCCAUUCAGCCUCUCAAUGGAGACAAUGCUCCAUCAGCUACGUCUCAUUCAAGCAGUACCCUCAUAACUCCUACGAUUACUCCUCUGGGAUUUACUGAGGGACCGGCAUUCACGACGGACCCGAUUAUCACUGCGUUGCCAAUUCCAAAUUCUGUAUUUUUGCAUAACCAUCACUCUCUAUCCCCUCAUGUUCCAACGCCAAUUAACGGAGAAGAUCGGCUCAACUUCUUUCGUGCUCGAAUGCUUCCAUCCUUUCCUUUCAUAAACCUGACUCCGGACAUGACAAGAUGGUAUCUACGCCAAAACAGACCUGUCUUAUUCCAAGCUAUCCUCACCGUUACAACAUUUUCGACACAGGAAAGACACAGUCAAACGGAGGAGCUAAAGCGCCUCUUGUCCACGUCUACGUUGCUGAAAGUCGAAUCGAACAUCGAUUUGCUGCUUGGGCUACUAACGUAUCUAGCAUGGAGUACUGACGCAUUUCUUGGGCGAGCAGAUCUCAUCUCUCGCUUUAUGAUGCUCUCAAUUUCGCUAGUCUAUGACCUACGGCUAUUUAAGCCGUCUUCACCGGAUGUGCAACUCAUGAUGAAGAUUACCCAGGGGGGAGAGGAAAAUGAUCAAAGUCCUGGAAACGAAACGCCGUAUGACCUGUUGGAAAGGCAGCGCGCACUAUUGGCAUGUUUUAUUCUGAGCUCUAACAUUUCGUCGCAUCUUGGGCGUCAAGACUCUUUACGAUGGACGCCUCAGAUGGAAGAGGCACUUCGGGUGCUCACAAUCAGCGAAACGUGCCAUACGGAUGACCUAUUCGUUGCACAAGUACGCUUGCAACUAUUGAAACAAAAAGCGGAUGAUAUCCGACAGCAGGAUGAAAUGAAUUGCGCUCUCACAGGCAAAGCUUCUGCGGCAGCCUCAGCUCCUCGUUUACUGUACCUCAAGACUUUACGAAGGCAGCUGCAUGAGCUGAGGUCUUCAUUUCGCCCAGAUUUUGAUCAGCUCGAAAUUCUCAACACCAACGUGCAAUACGUUGAGCUAUACAUAAACCAGCUAGCCUAUACAAUAAGCCAAGACGCAUCACCUAUAGAUCUAUCCGGCCACCGUGGUGACAGCGGAACUACCUUGGGCUUCCAACGUCUCGAGUGUCUCUGGCAAUCUGUCGAGAACAUCAAGUCCUGGCUGGACCAUUUCUACCGAGUUCCCUGCUCAGAGCUCAUCGGCCAACCCUUCCACUUCUGGUCUCAGAUGAUUCUCACCAUCACACUACUAAAGUACCUAUCCACGCUCAAAGACCCCGACUGGGAUUGUCAUGCGGUGCGUAAAACCGUCCACCUACUCUCGACGAUGGACCGCAUGCUUCAAAAGUUGGACCUGAGCAGCAAGGAGCCAGAGCUUCAGUGCAAUGACCACCUGCUCAAGUACCUAUUCAAGCUUCUGACUAGGUGUCGAGUGUGGGGUGAGGUGAGGUGGAAUAUGCCGUCUCAGGCCCACGACGUGGAGGCUAGGUCGGGUCGGAGUGCGAGCUCUGAUGCGAUCUGUCCCAGUCAGGGUUACAGCCAAAGCCAAGGGCAUAGUAUUCCAGAUUUCGACCAGAUGGUCUGGAUGCAGUCGAUGGACUUGGGAAACGAGCAGUGGUUUGAAGAUGUGCUCGGUAUGCCUGAAACGAUUUACUAGAUGCCCCUCGCUCACCAAUGGCCUUUUGUGAGCUCGUGGAGGUCGCCUUAUGUAUCGCUUUAGCAGGGUCAUAUAUAUUGAUCAAUACUUUGACCAAGAGAAUAUAGCCGAUAUUUACUUUCUGUGAAGUGCCCAUUUGGAAAGUUCAUAGCGGAAAGAUAUCGCAUAGACAAACUACCUGGGAGGAGGUGCCGUAUGAAAAGCU